UUUAGGAGAUGCCAGGGACAAGAAAAACUUGGAAGACUUGAGGCUGCAUUCCGAGAUGCAAGGACUCUCAUCCAUAUUGAACCAAAGAAUACCACUGUUCAGGAGACUCUUAAGAGACUUGGAGCACAGUUACAAGCAAAGACUGAUCGAUGCCGCACCACUGAUGGUCUUGUGGGGGAGAUGUUUACUUCCCUUUUCAGUAAGGAAGAAAGUGAAGAGAAAAGAAAGCAAGCCAUUAAGAAUCUUGUGAUUUUAGCUAAUGAUGAACCAGGAGCUCAAAGGAUAUUUAGAGGAGGUGAAUUACCAAGAGUGGUAUCCUUGCUGAACUGUGGGUCUGAUGAACAGACAGUGGCAAUGCUGAAAGUCCUUAAAGGAUUGUGCACCAACUCUAAAUUGAGGACAUUAUCUGUUUUAAAGGAAGUUUCUUUGUCAAGGCUGUUAACUCUGAUUGAAUCACCAGUGACUGAAGUUUCAACAACAGCUGUUUUAGUCCCACAACAAGCCCUGGAGUCACUUGUUCCGUUACCACCAGACAAAAAGAAACUGAAGGAUCAACAACCACCACAGGAAUUAGAAAAUAAGGAAGAAAUUCAAGGUCUUCUAACUUUGCUCAUGGAUGCUGCUAUGAGUGAAAAAGUUGGUGCUGAGAGUCGUGAUGCAGUGAUUGAUGUUUUUAUCAAAGUUGUUCCAAAAAACAAACUGGCUGUUGAACUACUUGUGAAAAUUGGAGGUAUUCGUAAGCUGAUGGUUAUCGCUGCCAGUACUGCUCCUUUGGAGUCUCAAGGGAAGGAAGCCCUUGCAGUGUCUAACAAUACUCGAAUGCACAUUUCUGUUGCUCUGGCAAAGAUGGUGGAUUCUUUUGGCUAUCAUGAAAAGGAAAAAGAACCUCUUAUGGAAGAUGCAACGGCAGCUAUCAGCCAGUAUCUCAAUCAAAGCAGCCCGGAAGCGCACAUCAAAGGAGCAACAGCGUUAAGUUGUCUUUUUCAGGGAGUACAGGAAGCGGCAGCCACUGUUCUUGGCAAUGAAGAAUUUUUGGGUAAAAUGGUCGCACUUGCGGAAAGGGAAGACCGCGUGUCUCAGAUUGUUGCAUCUGAAACAUUAGCGUUAGGAGCAUCUGAAAAGAAAUUAAGCACAGUACUGAACACAAAGGCGUUACCUGUUUUGAAGGACUUGUAUCAUUUAAAGGAUGACAGUAUAAGAGUCAGAGCCUUGGUGGGUCUUUGUAAACUUGGUACCACGGGAGGAGGGACUGUGAAUGAUCAGACAUUCGUAGAGGGAGCCACAUUAAAGUUGUACAAAUCAGUGCGUAGUUUCCUGACAAAAUCUAAGAAAGAUUUAGAGCUGCGUAAAUGGGCAGCUGAGGGAUUGUCCUUCCUUACUAUGGACGCUGAUGUUAAGGAGACUUUCCUUGAAGAUCAGCAGGCCCUCAGGUCACUCAUGGAACUAGCAAAGGCUAAAGAUGGCUCACUGUUAUACGGAGUUUGUCAAACGCUCGUCAACCUUACAAACACGUUUGACAAACCAGAAAUUCCGGAUGAAAUGAAACAGCUUGGUGAAUUUGCCAAAGUCAAGUUGCCGAAAUUCUCCGAAAAGGAUGGCGAGGAAUACGUCAAAAAGAGAAUCAAGAAACUUGUCGAGGAAGGUAUACUAUCAGCGCUUGUUAACCUGUCUGAUACAGAGAGUAAUACCAGUAGAGAAAUGAUAUCAAGAGUUUUUAUGGGGAUAACAAAUGAGCAAGAACACAGAGGUGUUACUGUGCAGCAAGGUGGAGUUAAGGCGUUGAUCUCCCUUGCUGCCCAAAACACAGAGAAAGGAGCAGACUUUUCUGCGCAAUCUGUGGCUAAAAUUGCUAUCACUAUGAACCCGGAAGUCGCAUUUCCUGGACAAAGAUCUUUUGGCUUGGUUCGUCCUCUGCUGAAGUUACUGCAUCCUUCUAAAACGGCCUUGCAACAAUUUGAAUCACUUAUGGCUCUGACAAACCUGGCGCAAAUGAACGACGAAGUCAGGCGGCAUAUUGUGAAGGAGCAAGGCUUUUCAUUGAUCGAAAGUCUGAUGUUUGAUGAACAUGAUCUGGUUAAAAGAGCCGCAACUGAGUGUAUGUGUAACAUGGUGCUUUGUGAAGAGGUAUUCAAAAUGUACGAAAAAGAAGACGCCCCUACAGAAAGAGUGAAGCUUUUGACUCUGUUGUCAGGCGAAGAAGACUUUGAACUUUCACGGGCGGCUUCUGGUGCCUUAGCAGUCCUCUCCUCGAGCGAGAAAGUAUGCAAACAGAUUAUAAAGGUCUCAUCUUACAUGGAUAUCCAGAAGCAGCUGUUGGUUUCCGAGAAGAAAGAGCUCAGGCACAGGUAA